ACACACGCGCAUACACGCGUACGCGCGCACACAUACACACGCAUGCAUAUAUAUAUAUAUAUACAUAUAUAUAUAUUACAAAUAAUAUUUUCAAUUAUAAUAAAUAAAAUAUUGAAAUAUGAUAUAAUAAGUGUUUUUUAUUUUGAAUUUCAAAAACAUAUAUUAUUUAGGACAAAGAUAAAGAUACCUUUGAACUUAUAUUAACUCACUAUUGUUAUAUAUAAGAGUCUAGCAGUUUGCUCACUUAGCUCCAUCUCAUAUUAGUUAGUGAAACGCGUUAUUUACAUGCCGGCAAACAUUUUUAAAAACAAGGUAGUCAAAUUACAGGGUCAAUUACACAUAUUUAGAAUUGAUAAUUAAUAAUUUAAAUUAUACCGAUGGAUCCAACAACACUCCAAUUGAUACAAAUCCUUGAAAAAACUGUUUCACCAGAUAAAAAUGAAUUGGAGGCAGCACAAAAUUUCUUAGAACAAGCUGCGCAGACUAAUCUACAUGAGUUCGUUCAAAGACUUAGUGGAGUUCUUGUAACUGCUGCUGCAAGUACUGUUGCACGCAUGGCAGCUGGCUUACAAUUAAAAAAUCAACUUACUUCAAAGGAUUUAGCACUGAAAUCUCAAUAUCAACAAAGAUGGUUAGCUUUUCCACAUGAUACAAGAGAGUACAUAAAGAAAAACAUUCUUGGUGCAUUGGGUACAGAAAACAAUAGGCCGAGUUCAGCAGCCCAAUGUGUUGCAUACGUAGCCGUAGCUGAAUUGCCAGUCGGACAAUGGAAUGAAUUGAUUCCUCUUCUAGUAAAUAAUGUUGCUAAUCCCAAUAGUACAGAAAUGAUGAGAGAGGCUACUUUGGAAACUAUUGGCUAUAUUUGUCAAGAAAUCGAUAGUGAAGUUUUAGUUGCGCAGUCCAAUCAGAUUCUUACUGCGAUCAUACAUGGUAUGAAAGGAUCCAAUACUUCAAGCCAUGUAAGAUUAGCAGCUACAAGUGCUCUUUUUAAUUCGCUAGAAUUCACCAAAGGGAAUUUUGAAAUUGAGUCUGAAAGAAAUUUCAUUAUGGAAGUAGUGUGUGAAGCAACACAGUCCACACACACGCAAAUCAAAGUUGCUGCUUUACAAUGUUUAGUUAAAAUUAUGUCAUUAUAUUACCAGUAUAUGGAACCGUAUAUGGCCCCCGCUUUAUUUCCCAUAACUUUGGAAGCCAUGAAAUCUGAAAUUGAUGAAGUCGCUUUACAAGGAAUUGAAUUUUGGUCAAACGUAUCUGAUGAAGAAGUAGAUCUUUCAAUGGAAGAAGGAGAAGCUUCAGAAGGUGGACGUCCACCUUCAAAAGUUUCUCGGCAUUAUGCGAAAGGUGCUUUGCAAUAUUUAGUACCCGUUUUAAUGAAAAAAUUAACAAAACAAGAAGAAUUUGAUGAUGAAGAUGACUGGAACCCUUCUAAAGCUGCAGGGGUUUGUUUAAUGUUGCUUGCUUCUUGUUGCGAAGAAAGUAUUGUACCGUAUGUUCUUCCUUUUGUAAAAGAUAAUAUUAAAAACCCUGAUUGGCGAUACCGAGAUGCUGCAUUAAUGGCAUUCGGAUCUAUUUUAGGUGGUUUGGAACCGAAUACAUUAAAACCUUUAGUAGAGCAAGCCAUGCCUACGUUAAUUGAAUUGAUGUAUGAUAGCAGCGUUGUUGUGCGUGAUACUGCAGCAUGGACAUUUGGAAGAAUAUGUGAAAUAAUUCCUGAGGCCGCCAUAAAUGAAACUUACCUUAAACCAUUACUGGAAUCAUUAGUAAAUGGUUUAAAAGCGGAACCUAGAGUAGCUGCAAAUGUUUGUUGGGCCUUUACAGGACUUGCUGAGGCUAGUUACGAAUCUGCAGAAGCAGUAGAAGAGGGCCAACAACCAGAAACAUACUGUAUGUCCCAUUAUUUUGAUUUUAUUAUUCAACGUCUCUUAGAGACAACUGAUCGACCAGAUGGUGCACAAGCAAAUUUAAGAUCUGCUGCUUACGAAGCUUUGAUGGAAAUGGUGAAAAAUUCACCGCGUGAUUGUUAUGUGACCGUGCAGAAAACGACAAUGGUCAUUUUAGAAAGAUUACAACAUGUUAUGCAGAUGGAGUCGCAUAUACAAAAUCAUUCUGAUCGUGCCCAGUAUAAUGAUCUUCAGUCAUUAUUGUGUGCUACUCUGCAGUCUGUACUUAGGAAAGUUACUCCAGAAGAUGCACCUCAGAUUUCAGAUGCAAUCAUGACAGCGUUACUAUCUAUGUUCAAUUCAAAUUCUUGUAAAUCUGGUGGCGUGCAAGAAGAUGCUUUAAUGGCGGUGUCAACACUUGUUGAAGUUCUUGGUGAAGGUUUUUUAAAAUACAUGGAGGCUUUUAAACCAUUUUUGUGCGUUGGAUUAAAAAAUCAUGCAGAAUAUCAAGUUUGUGGCGCAGCUGUUGGUCUUACUGGAGAUAUAUGCCGUGCAUUAAAAAAUAAAAUGAUUCCAUAUUGUGAUGAAAUAAUGACUCUUUUAUUGGAAAAUCUUAGCGAUAAUACAGUUCAUCGUUCUGUGAAACCACAAAUACUUUCCGUGUUCGGUGAUAUUGCCCUUAGUAUCGGAUUGGAAUUCAAAAAAUAUUUAGAUGUAGUGUUACACACUUUAGGCCAAGCUUCACAAGCUAAUGUAGAUAGAUCCGAUUAUGAUAUGAUUGAUUACUUGAAUGAUCUGCGAGAAGGCGUAUUGGAAGCCUAUACGGGAAUCAUUCAAGGACUCCGUGGUGAUGGCUCAAGUCCUAGUCCUGAUGUAUCACUUGUUGAGCCAAGCGUUCCUUUUAUUAUACAAUUCAUCACUACUAUAGCGCAAGAUAGGGAACAUUCUGAUAGUAAUAUAGCUGCAUCUGCUGGUUUACUAGGAGACUUAGUUACAGUGUUUGGUGUCAAGUUGUUACCAAUGAUUGAAACAGAAGCCUUAACCGAUUUAUUAAAUAAAGGAAGAAGGUCUCGCACAAAUCGAACAAAAAAUUUAGCAACGUGGGCCACCAAAGAAAUCAGAAAAUUAAAAAAUGUCAAUCAUGCUGUAUCAAGUUGAUUAUCGUGUGGUUGUACAGAUAUUUCAAUUAAAUUAAAAAAUUUGAUUUAAAAAACAGCAGAUUAGUAUUUUGCGGAUGUCAAUGGUAAAUGUGUUUGGGAUCCAAAUCAUCAACGACGCGACGAUAAAUUUGCAUGUUACUUUAUGUUAUCAGUUCUACUAUUGCAGGCAAUAUUUGUUUCUGAAAAUCAAAGACACAAAUGCACCAUUUAUGCCUUCUACCUUCGGAAAUAAGUUAUGAAAAUGGAUGUUCAUAAUGAAUCUACAAACUCGUUUUUUAUGCGAUGCCAAUAACAUCAGUGAUACUGGUUUUAUGGCAAUCGACCUGUGGGAUAAUCGUAUUUUUCUAAAAUUAAUUACCUGUAAAAUGUAUAAACAAAUGAAUUUUAAUUUGUAAAAGUGUUACGAACAACGACUGUUGUAUAAUGUACAUGAAAAGAAGAAAAUGUGAAAUAAAAUUUUAAAUCAAAACUUAA